AUGGGCGGACCGAUGGGGGGAGGGAUGGGGGGGGGAAUGGGGCCAAUGGGGGGUGGUAUGGGGGGUCCGAUUGGUGGUGGGGGGAGGGGAGGGCCUAUGGGCGGUCGUAUGGGGCCAAUGGGGGGGGCCAUGGGGGGACCGAUGGGGGGACCGAUGGGGGGUCCGAUGGGGCCCAUGGGGGGACCAAUGGGGGGACCAAUGGGGGGGCCUAUGGGAGGGCCCAUGGGGCCUAUGGGGGGGCCUAUGGGGGGGCCUAUGGGGGGACCUAUGGGGGGACCCAUGGGGGGACCUAUGGGGGGACCCAUGGGGGGACCGAUGGGACCUAUGGAUCACCCCGAGCACGGCAUGGGUGGGGGCAAGAAGGACCGUGCAUGCUACACCUGUGGAGCCAAGGAUCAUAUGAUGCGAGACUGCCCUCAGAACAACAUGGGGGGAAUGGGCGGGGGAAUGGGCGGAGGGAUGGGCGGUGGGAUGUGUGGGGGAAUGGGCAACAUGGGGGGAGGCAUGGGCAUGGGAGGGGGCAUGGGCAUGGGAGGAGGCAUGGGGCACAUGGGAGGCGGAGGGAUGGGCAUGGGAAUGGGAGGUGGAGGCAUGGGCAUGGGCAUGGGCGGUGGUGGUAACUUCGGCGGCCCUUUCCCGAACCAACCUGGGAUGUUUCCAGGCCCAGAGUUCGGGUGGAACGAAGGCGUGGGUCCCAACCCCAACAUGGGAGGGGAUUUCCCCAUGGGGCCUGGCUUUGGGGGCGGGGGAGGCAUGGGGGGAGGGAUGGGCGGGGGGAUGGGGGGAGAAAUGGGAGGGCCUGGCAUGGGCAUGGGGCCCAUGGGGCCCGGAAUGGGAGGAGGAAUGGGCAUGAAUCAAGGCAUGGGGCCAGGAUUCGAAGGAGGCGGAGGGGGAGGGCACCAGCAAUUUGGUCCCGAUGGUGGCCCAGGGCAUUUUGGGCGUGGAGGUGGGGGCAGGGGGAGAGGCGGAGGAAGGUUUGGGGGGAGGGGAGGAAGAGGCAGGGGCGUUGGGGGAAGAAUAGGUUUUCCUGAUAAGGGGGGAAGAGGGGAGAGAUGGGAGAAGGGGGAGUGGGGGGAGCGAGGGGAGAGGGGGGAGAGGGAGGAGAGGGAUGAGUGGAGGGGAAGGGGUGAAAUGGAUGUGAGGAGGCAGUGGGGGAGAGAUGGGGGAAGGGAUGAUGGGGAGGAUGAGGAGUGGAGCAGGGAGCGAGGUGGGGAGAGGAGUAGGGGAAGCAAGGAGAGGAGCAGGGGGCGAGGCAAGAAGAGGAGGGAGGAGGGGGGUAGGGAAAGGGGAGAGGAGGAUUGGGGCAGGGAGAGGGGAGAGGAGAGGGGAGAGGAGGAUAGGCGGUAUGGCACUCCUGAAGGAGAGGAGGAGCAUUUUGAGGGUGAUGGAGCAGGGAGGAUGAGGCGGAAGCGACCAAUUGGCGAGAGCCAGCCACGAUCACUUCAUCCCUCCCACACUCUUUUCCCCACCCCCGUCCCAUCCGCAUCUCUAUCUGCUGUUGCCUGCAGGCUCAAUUUUGCUGCUGCCAGGGAGGGUGAAGGGAGAGGAGGAGGAGGGUGGGGGAGAGGGGGAAUGGGCGGGAGGGGUGGGAGAUACGGAGGGGAAAAAGGUUCCCCAGGGAGGUGGGAUGGCUAUGGGGAUGAUGGUGAAGGGGAUGGGGAUUGGGGGAGUGGAGAGGAGGGGAGUGCGGCCGGGAGGGUACGCAAGGGGAAGUACCGUUAUCGAGAGGAGGCCGAGGGAGAGGAGGAGGAGGUGGAAGGAAGAGGCAGGGUUCGGGCUGCUAGAGAGUCUGGUUAUAAUGAGGAUGAGGAUGAGGCUGAGGGUGGGAGGAGGCGACACAGGUUUAAGGAAAGGGAAGAGGCCGAGGGGGGAGGGAGGCGAGGAGGGGGAGAAAGAGUGUUGCAGAAGGGGGAUAGGGGAGAAGAAGGGAACGAUGAUGAUGGUGGGGUGGGGGAAAGGGCAGGAGCACGAGGGAAAGAGAGGAAGAGAAGGGAUCGAAGCAAGGGUGUGGGAGAAAGGGAGUGGGAAGAGAAUGUUGAUGGUGGUGGUGCUGGUGGUGGUGGUGAUGUUAAUGGUGCUCCUUUGUCCUCCUUACAAGGUUCUCGCGUAGUGGGUGCAGGUGAGGAUGGGAAGCUGGAGAAGCGAAGGAAGUUAAAGCGUGUGAGGAAGAAUGAGGCUGGUGGGAGUGUUGAUGGGAGAGGGGGGAUGGGUGGUGGGGACGAUGUGAGACAGGGUGAGGGAAGAAGUCUUAGGAUUUACGCUGGAGGAUUUAAUGAUGACACUGAAUUUGGGGAUGACAAUAAAGGGGAUGAGAAUGAUCGCUGGCCAUUAGAGCAUGGAAUGUAG